AUGGAUUCGUCUGAGGGAAUUUCAGCUUGUGCACAACAACAUAAGAUCGAGAUAUUGAAUAGCCACAACGAGAAGCUCGUGGGUCUGCUUCACGAAACAGGGUCAAGAGAAAUUGUGAUCUUGUGCCAUGGAUUUAAAUCGAACAAGGAAAAUACAAUCCUGAAGAAUGUGGCUGCUGCUUUGGAGAAAGAAGGAAUCAGCGCUUUCCGUUUUGAUUUCUCAGGUAACGGAGAGAGCGAAGGCAGUUUCAAUUACGGUAACUACAACUACGAAGCUGAUGAUCUACACUUUUCCAACACGAACCGUGUGGUUUCUACGAUCAUCGGAUACAGUAGAGGAGGUGACGUGGUGCUUCUCUACGCUUCCAAGUAUGGUAAUGAUUGUAAUAUCCGCAAUGUAGUCAAUAUCUCUGGACGAUAUGAUCUGAAAAAAGGGAUACGUCUUGGAGAUGGCUAUUUGGAAAGAAUUAAGCAACAUGGUUUCAUCGAUGCUAAAGAGGGCAAAUCUGUGUUCCGUGUUACCGAGGAGAGUUUAAUGGAGAGGUUAAACACGGAUAUGCGUGAAGCUUGUCUCAAGAUUGACAGAGAAUGCAAAGUCUUGACGGUUCAUGGGUCGGAAGAUAAGGUUGUACCAGUGGAAGAUGCUAAGGAGUUUGCGAAGAUCAUACCGAACCACAAGCUGGAAAUUGUGGAAGGAGCUAAUCAUGGUUACAGCAAGCAUCAGAGUCAAUUGGUUUCAAUAGUUAUGGAGUUUAUAAAGACAGUGAUGGUGAAGAGCAACUAG